UCAGUUACAUCUUUAAAAAAUCCAACAUCAAAAUGGCUUCAAAAAGAGCUCUGGUCAUCCUGGCUACAGGAGCAGAGGAGAUGGAGACGGUCAUCCCUGUCGAUGUCAUGAGACGAGCUGGGAUUAAGGUCACCAUUGCAGGUCUGACUGGAAGAGACCCGGUACAGUGUAGCCGAGAUGUUGUCAUUUGUCCUGAUGCCAGUCUAGAAGAGGCAAAAAAACAGGGACCUUACGAUGUGGUGGUUAUGCCAGGAGGUGGUCUGGGCGCACAGAAUUUAUCCCAGUCCUCUGCUGUGAAGGAGAUACUGAAGGAACAAGAAAAGAGGAAGGGCCUCAUCGCCGCAAUCUGUGCGGGACCUACGGCUCUGUUGGCUCAUGAAAUAGGUUUUGGAAGCAAAGUUACAACACACCCACUUGCUAAAGACAAAAUGAUGGAUGGAAAUCAUUACAGCUACUCAGAGAACCGUGUGGAAAGGGACGGCCAGAUCGUCACCAGCCGCGGGCCAGGAACCAGCUUCGAGUUUGCCCUGGCGAUUGUCGAGGCGCUGGCCGGCAAGGAGGUGGCCGAACAAGUGAAGGCCCCACUGGUUCUUAAAGAUUAGAGCAGAGAGGUUUG